GAUACCCUAGUCAUAUUAUUGCAGUAUUAAUUUGAUCCAUUCAGACCAUUCUUCUAGCUAACUAGCUUGAUAAACCCUCCCCAACAGUCCCCAUGCCAUAUAUGUACUACCAUCCUUUUCUUGCAAUCUAAUUCUACUCCUACUCCACUUUUGAUUCAUUAUGAUCAUCACACCAUGAUCGGAAUAAUAAUCUAUACAGGGCAAGCUAGCUAAUUUCUCAUAAUAAUUGUCAGCUGCUCAAUUUAUAUGCCAACUCGGCUCAGUGACUCCCGUCCUACUCAAUCAUCUUAGCUCGGAGGUUCCGUUCACAAAGAACAUCAGAUCCCAUCUGAUCACUCACUCCUGCAACAAUGGGCGAAAAAAAGGUGACGAUAAUGGUUCUGAAGGUGGACCUUCAGUGUGAAAAAUGCUACAAGAAGGUUAAGAAAGUUCUCUGUAAAUUCCCUCAAAUACGAGACCAGACAUACGACGAGAAGAACAACCAGGUAAUCGUCAAGGUGGUCUGCUGCAGUCCUGAGAAGAUCAGAGACAAGCUAUGCUGCGAAGGAGAUGGCGCCAUCAAGAGAAUCGACAUCUUAGAGCCUAAAAAGAAACAAGAGCCUGAAAAGACACCAAAGCCUAAACAGAAACAAGAGCCUGAAAAGACACCAGAGCCUGAAAAGAAACAAGAGCCUGAAAAGACACCAGAGCCUGAAAAGAAACAAGAGCCUGAAAAGGAACCAGAGCCUGAAAAGAAACCAGAGAAUCCGAAGCUUACUGCGCCUCCGUUUCCUGCUUACCCUCCGGUGACAGUGAACGUGUGUUGUAUUGUUUGUUACGGACGGCAUCCGGGUUGUCCCUGCCAAAUCCGGGACGCAGAGAAGUCGAAGCCUACUCCGCCUCCACCUCCGCCUCCGCCUCCGGUUGUUCCUGCUAACCCUCCGGUGACGGGGAGCACGUGUUGUAUGGAUUGUUACGGAGGGCAUCCGGGUGGUCCUUGCCAAACUGGGUACGGUUACGGUGGGGCAGCACCAUACAUAGAGUACGAUGGCUACUAUGGAAGGCCAGUGUAUGAUAGUUACGGCGGUGGGAGGAGCUACUCCACUAGUAGUUACUGCGUGACACGCCCCGAUUGUUUCAGUGAAGAAAAUCCCCAAGCGUGCGCCAUCAUGUAAAAUCGAUCAUGUCUGUCUACCUGCCUUGACCUGCUAUUGUACUUUGUGGGAAAGCUGCUUCCAGCUCGACCGAUCUCUAUUUUUAAGGUUGGUGUUGUUUUUUAAAGUUGGUGUUGUUUUUUAUAUAUAGAACAAAAGUAAAUAAUAAAGUAUGGUUGGUGAUCAAUGGUGAUGGUGGUGGAUAUGUCACGAUCAGGUAGCCGUCCCUCUGUGGCGUAGCUAGAAAU